AUGGUUACUCGCAGUAUUAUCGUCUUUGUGACAUUCUGCCUUGUCUGUGCUUUGGCAGAUCCAUCGGUGGUCAAACAUAAUCAGGAGAAAAUCCAUGCGGCUCUGGCAACUGACAUUUCGUCAAAGGAUUUGCAACAACUCAUUGUUUCAAUGAGACACCUGGACGAAACUCUCGGAACUUUGAAUCGCACAACAACUGAGGCAAUCAUUAAACGUGUGCACAAACCCGAUGAUCUCUUUAUCAACCUAUCUCCCGAGACCAUCGAAGAGGUCUUGAGCAAGACCAAGGCCGUUGUUGCCCGAAAAUUGCCGAAAACAAAGCGCAAGAUGACUGAUAGCUGGCUUAAAGAAAUAGAAAAAGAUGGUGUCCGAAAGAAUAAACGUAGAGGCUAUCGUCAACCAUACUCCUUCGGCUGCCACUUUUUCCCAAUUGAAUAUCCCUGUGUGGAGUUUGACUGUGAGCCGGUACCUGAGGUCUAUCAACCAUUUGAGGAGGGAUAUCCUCCUCAAUCCGAUUUGUACCCAAAAUAUGUUCCGGAAUAUCAUCCAGUGGAUAGCCUGGAGCCUUCAGUUCGCCACUCCAUUUUGAAAUAUAUGCCUAAUAUUCCACCUGAACUCGCAGAUGCACUAUUCUACCUUGAGCCGGGCUUUGUGAGUUACAUCAUUAAUCACCACGAAAAUCUUCAGGACCUCAUGACCAAAAUGCACACGAUGACAGUGCAGUAUGUUAUGUCCUAUGUUCCCGAGUUGCCCUCUCUCCUUGCAAAAAUGGAGCCAAAAGCCAUAGAGGCAAUUUUGCAGCGCACCGAGCACCAUUGUCAUUACCUCAGUCGUUUUCAAGACCAGCAUCUCGUUAAAAUUAUCAUUGGAAAAGUGCCAUUGCUCCAACCUUGUUUACCACACGUUGUGCCCGAGAAGUCGACUACAAUCACAACGACCACUACCACGACAACAACUCCGGCUCCAACAACCACCAAGGCGGUUGUCAUUUACCCUCCAUUUUACACCAAAGAAGACAUUGACGAGGCAAGCAUCACUAUUCCACAAAUAGGGACGCUCUUGUCUCUUAUUGAAGAGGAGAAACUUGAGGCGAUUCACAAGCUAAUCCCAAGCAUUAGCAGCGCUCUUCGUGAGUUGAGCAAGGAUCAAAUUGACUUUGUUAACACCAACAUGCCCAUCAUCACUGACUUAAUGAAGAAUAUGACCAAAGAGGAGCUUCAGCAGGUCCAAAAUCUCGCAAAAGACGAUCCUGUAAUAGAGUUUGUUAUGGGGCUCAUUUAA